UGAAGAGGAAAACAAUUUAUAAAUUUUGUGUUGGAACUGUUAAGAACCUAUGAUAAAUAUUAUAUAUAUAUAAAUAGCUGAUGAUUUUUUAUAGGAAGCAAUAUUUUUAUGCAUUGAUUCAAAGAUUGAAGGUAAUUUCGUAAAAGAAAAAAAUAGAUUUGACCUUCGAUAUUUCAUUAAAAUAAAUGCAACAGGAAAACUAAGAUAUUCGUCACGCAACAAUGCAAAUAAACGAAGCUGUAACUAAUUUUACCGUUUAUUAUAAUCUAUAAAUAGGACAUUACAAAAAUGCAAUUGAAAUUUUCAUCAUGGUGUUAUCAAUGAAACGAUGGGUUGGUAAAGUAGCGAUAGUUACAGGUGCCAGUUCUGGUAUCGGUGCUGCUAUUACCAAACAAUUAGUUGAAGAAGGUUUAUUAGUUGUAGGCGUGGCUAGAAGGGUAGAACGGAUCGAAAAUUUAUCUAAAAUUCUAGAAAAUAAACCGGGUAAACUUUUUGCGUUUAAAGCUGACCUGUCGAUUGAAGACGAAAUAAAAGAAAUUUUUAUUUGGACUACGAACAACGUAGGACCAGUUUCUAUUUUAAUAAACAAUGCUGGUCUUCAUAUCAGGACCGGACUAGUGGACGGCGAUACCGAAGCUUGGAAAACUACUAUAAACGUUAAUUUAUUAGGUUUGUGUAUUGCUACGAGGGAAGCUAUAAAAAUAAUGAGAAAUAACGACAUCAAUGGACAUAUUAUCCACAUAAAUAGCUUUUUGGGGCAUAAAGUUGUUGAUAUACCUAAUUUAGAUGUUUAUCCGGCUUCUAAGUAUGGAGUUACCGCAUUAACUGAAACUUUAAGAUUAGAAUUGAACAGUUUAAAAUCAAAAAUUAAAGUUACUAGUAUCAGUCCUGGUAUGGUGGAUACGGAAAUUUUCGAUAGCGUAAGACAUACGAAAGAAUUUAAAGAUAAUAUUCAAAAAAAUAUGCUUCAACCAGAAGAUAUCGCCGAUGGUGUAAUUUAUACACUGUCUACAGCACCACAUGUGCAGGUUCAUGAACUCACUAUAAAACCAAUUGGAGAAAAAUUCUAACCAGUUUUUUUUAUAUAUUAUGAUAAACUUGUAUUAAAAAUGUGUAGUUUUAUUUCAUACUUCAAAAAAAAAACCAAUUAUUAUAGUAACC